AUGGCAACGAGCCCUGACUAUUUGAUCCUCCGGUAUUCCGGCUCGGAAUUAACUGACGAACAGUCUUUCCACAAUCACUUGGUAGAGAAGAUCUCCGAGGCAAGAGCUACAAGAAGAGAUGUUAUCUACGCCGAGCUGGUUUACGACAACAUCGCUCCUUCCUGGAUGGCGAAUGUGGGGGAUGCACUUGAGCGGGCCAAAGCUGGCUUCUGCAAGAGUUAUAGCCCUUUCAGUCUGAUCCUCCGAGUUGUAGCAAUGCCGUUAUUUCUGCACAACGCCGACCAGGUUUGGUGCCACCAAAGCCACACCGAAUGGCUUCUCUCCGGGCAACUCACUCGGAAUCAGUCCCGCAUGCUGCACGUCACAGCAGAUUCCGAUUAUGUAUUCCCCGAUGGGCCAUUUGUUCGCAUUCAGAAGUCACCCAAUGUAGCAUUCAACGUGCCAAACGCCAUCAUGCCCAGAAUUGUCGUUGAGAGCGGGUGGAGUGAAUCUCUCGACGAACUUCGAGAAUUCGCAGGAGUAUGGCUCGUGGGAGGAAAUGGCGCAGUCCAAGCUGUCAUCAUCAUAAAAUGGACCCCGAGCCGGACAACCCGCCGUGUCCGCGGUCUCGUGGAGCUUUACGCCCUAGACAGAAGUGGCAUGCCUCGGCUUCAGCAAAGAGAAGUGCGGAUAUCUUAUCCAUCGUCGGUGUGUUUAGCUGGCUAA